GUUCGUUCAUCCAUCGGCGUCCAGGCUUUUGAGAUCCGUCCUGUGACGAAGUGGAAGUCCGCAACCCCAUUGUUGAAUAGCACCUGGUACUUGUUGGUUUCCAAGCGGACUCACCGGUGAACGUUGAUAUUUGAGAUUCCGUACAACCGUCUUUUCCACCAAAAAUAUUCACCUGGAGUAUCUCACGAACACCCUUCUAUACGAUCUUUUGCCCAAAACAUAGAUAUACCGUCGAUACCCAUAAGUCAUCGGACACCGUACCAAGCCUAUCGUUUUGUUGGCAACACCUACGGUUGAAAACAUAGCUCUGGACUUUAAAGAUGUCCCAGUCACUCGCCAAGGAAUGCAACGAGGCCAAGGAACGUUACGACACUUGCUUUCUCAAAUGGUACAGUGAGAAAUACCUUAGGGGCAAUGGUACCGAACAAAAUAACGAAUGUUCAAUUCUCUUCAAGGAGUAUAGCUCUUGCCUGCAGGUUGCUUUGAAAGAGCGUGGCAUCGACAAGCUGCUUGAAGAGGCGCGGGAAGAACUCAAGGACAGCGACUCAACAUACAUGGGCAAGAAAAAAUAAUACCAGAGCUGGACGACGUCUGAGUACCUUACUGUACCACUCGUCGACCAACUCCUUGAACAAAGCCGCAACAAUCCAGUUAUUCUCCUUACAUUGCUCAAUUAUCUCUUCUCCGUAUAUAUCAUAUAUCGCCUGGUAUUCGUGGAAGGACUUUCCAUUAUGCACACCCUCCAUGUCUUGAACAAAGCCCAUGUACCAAAAGUGUCACCCGCUGGUCUUUGACUGUACCUUUCUGAUUAUAUCUUCUGUUGAGUUGUUUUCAGUGCUCUCUGUUAUGGACGGAAGCCAUGGAUGACUUCAAGUCGGUUGAAUGUUCCCCUUCCAAAUAAGGUUUCCCGUCCUUGAGAAGUGGAUC